AUGGUGGGUGGCAAAGGGCGCGCCUUGAUCGUCCUCACUCCCCAAGAGAAAGCCACGUGCCCCGGGGCCUCGGUGGAAGCUCUUCUCAACAGCACCCUCACCACCCGCCUCCUCCCCGCCCUCUACUCCCUGGUCCUGCUGGUGGGUCUGCCUGCCAACGCCCUGGCCUGCUGGGUUCUGCUCAUCAACUUCAGGAGAUGCUCCAGCACCCUCUUCCUGCUCAACCUGGCCUGUGCCGACCUCCUUUUUGUCCUCCUGCUGCCCUUCAAGAUCGCCUACCACCUGCUGGGCAACCACUGGCCCUUUGGGGACUACCUGUGCCGCGCCACGGUGGCCUUCUUCUACGGGAACAUGUACAGCUCCAUCCUCUUCCUCACCUGCAUCGGCCUGGAGCGCUACGUCUCCCUGGUGCACCCGUUCCUGUGGAAAGGCUCCAGUUGCACCUGGGGCAAGGUGGGCAUCUGUGUCUGCAUCUGGCUGGUGGUGGGGCUGGGCAUGAGCCCUCUGCUGUUUCACCCCCAGACCAAGUCCAUCUCGAGCCUGAACAUAACGACGUGCCAUGAUGUUCUAGAGAAGAAAGUGCACGUGUCCCUCACGUACUAUUUCCUCCUUCUGGUGGGGCUGGGCUUUGGUUUGCCCUUCGUGCUCGUGACCACCUCGUACAGCUGCAUCCUGGGGAGGCUGCUGGCCAAGGGGAAACACUACGGGCGGGUGGUGCGCGUCCUGGUCCUGGUCCUCCUGGUCUUCAUCCUCUGCUUCACCCCCAGCAACGUGCUGCUUUUCCUCCACUACCUGAUGGGGGCCACAGGGUGCAACAACAUCACCUACAUGUGGUACCUCCUGGCCCUGCCACUCGGUGCCUUCAACAACUGCUUCGAUCCCUUCGUCUACUUCUACGCCUCCCGGGAUUUCCGGGGCUGGGUCCGGGAUGCAGGCGGGUGCUGCCCAGGGGGGGUUAAGACCUCAUCAGGGAGGAUCUCAGAGAAGGCAGCCUUGCCCUUGAGGUCCAGUGAGGACAGCCACCUGUAG